AUGGCCGGCUGCUACUCCGGCGGUCAGAGCUGGAUUGACGACUGCAACAAGAAUUCGUUCAAGGGUGCUAUCAAAGACCUGUGCAAUAACAGCCAGCUUGCAGGCUGA